CCUGGACCUGGUUCUGGUGGACGUGUAGUGGACUUUGACGCCAUCAAAAUUCUUGGCGACAUUCUUUGCAGUUUGCUGGAGCCGUUUAUCAAGGUCUCACUUUCCCUCACCGAGCAGGUCAUAUCACUCAGCCGUUUCGCGCACCUUCUUUACGCAUGCUAUCAUAAUCAACGUCGUUCACUGAUGCCUAAUCAACUCUUCUACAAUUCUCAAACAUUCACCAAGAACACUAUCUUCUGUAUCAAAAAGCAACAAAAACUCGACCCCCUUGCACCAUUUUUCCUUCUCGAUGUCGGUGACGAUGCACUUGAGCUUACGUUCGCAUUUGCUCGGAUGUGCGGUGGACAUAACAACACUAUGAAUUACAAACAAUCACUCGACCGUCUUGGAGCUGCUCGAGACAUCGACGGUGUCUUCGCCCGUAAUCCAGAUCUAGCUCAUGCCCCUCGGCGCUUGAAUCAUGGCGCACAGAUAGAGAUGAAGCGGUUGCAAUCCUCGCGUCCUCGCAAAUGCCUCCUUCAACCUACGACUUCGACACAUUGUUUGCUUUUGGUUCUGGGAUCAACUUGA